AUGGAUUCCGAAAAUGUUGAUUCUUCUGAAGAAGGCUUUGAUCAUGAUAGUGUUACUGCCUCAACAUCUCUAAUAUCUAAAGAAAAUAUAAAGAGCAAUAGAAAGUCUAUUGUAUGGAAGUUUAUGCAUGAGGAAAAAGAUAGGAAUGAUGACUCUAUAGUAGUGUGCGAUAAAUGUUUACAGGAAUAUAGUAUUAAUACAUCAACGGGAGUUUUAGCUGAGCAUUUAAAUAAUAAACAUAACCAUGGUAUUACUUUAAAAUCAAAAAGAUACUUAUCUUCAAAUCAAAGUUCUUAUAGUAAAGAUGAUAUCAAACAUAUAGAAGAAUGUGAAAAUUCCAUAUUGGAUUUUUUUGUUGGUGAUCAAAUUUCAUUUAAUACUGCUGAGCAUCGAUGGUUUUGUAAAAUGACAAAUAUACUUGAUCCAAGCAAAACAUUUCAUACACUAAAAGUUGAUGUUGUUACUCGUUGGAACAGUACCUAUGAAAUGCUUCAUAGAUUCAAACUUCUACGUUUAGAAACUGAUCUUCUUGUAACAGCACACAAAAAUCAAUUCAAUUUUACUUAUCCUAAUGAUUCUGAGUGGGAAAGAAUUAAUACUAUGAUUGAUCUUCUUCAUCCAGUUCUUGAAGCAACAGAAUAUCUCUCAAGUAUUUCAUACCCAACAAUUUCAGAUGUUUGCUUAACUAUUGGUGGGCUUAUUCGACAUUUUGAUCAAUUUAUUGAUAGAUCACAAUUGGAAGAAGAAGAAGAGUGUCUGGUUGCAGAUUCUAUAUGUUACAAAUUAAAUGAAUAUUGGUCUCUACUUGAUGAGAAAAUUACAAUAGCUGCAAUUCUUGAUCCAUCAUCAAAACUUAAAAUAUUCUCACCUGGAGAAAAAAGAACUUCAGCUAUUACUAAUCUACGUCAAGAAAUGGUUCAUUAUAAAUCAUUGGCUUCAGAGGAGCAAGAAACUGAACAACCACCACCAGAAGAAGAAUUAGAUUUAUACUUAGCUUUGCCUAUAUGUAAAAAUAAUUCUCUUAGUUGGUGGGAACAAAAUGA